AUGCGAUGGUCUCCAGUAGCAACAGCAGCAGCAGCUAAGGGUUUAAGAAACUUUCAACAACCAAAACAAAACCAACAACACAACAGCACCAAUAACACAAACAACACUACCAAAACCAUCAAUACCAACAAUACAAACUACAAUAAUAUUAGCAACACCAACGAAACCAAUAGCAACCCUACAAUUGAUACAACACCUACAACACCUACAACUCCUUCAACACAGAUAACUGCUUCAACACCAACAACACCAACUAUAACACCAAAAAUGGAGACAAAACCAACAAUACCGAUGACACCAACAACUCCAGUAAACCAACAACACUUCAACAUCAACAACAUCAACAAUACCAACAAUACUAAUAACACCAACAAUACUAACAACACUAAUUACAAUAAUAACACCAACAAUACUAAUAACACCAACAAUACUAAUAACACCAAUUACACCAACAACACCAACUAUAACACCAAAAAUGGAGACAAAACCAACAAUACCGAUGACACCAACAACUCCAGUAAACCAACAACACUUCAACAUCAACAACAUCAACAAUACCAACAAUACUAA